GGCCGCGGUGCGGACAAGAUGGGCGGAGAUAGCUGGCGUCUGGGCGGGACCGAGUCAAGCUUGGCUCUCCGGACCGGGGGCCGGGGCGCGGGCAGGCCCAGCCCUGGUUGCUGGUGACGAGUGGCCUGACUGGGCUCCUCCCCCGGCCCGCCCCGGCAGGUUUAUCUUGUGACUGAGGCUGUGGCUUCUUCCUUCCUCGCGCUGGGAACCCGUUCAGCUGCGAUGCAUUUCUUGGUCGCCGCGUUCCUGCUCCUGGCGCUCGGCGCCUCCGCCCUGGCGGAGCCGGUGCAUUUCAAGGACUGCGGUUCUGGGCUUGGAGUUAUAAAGGAACUGAAUGUGAACCCGUGCCCCACCCAGCCCUGCAAACUGCACAAAGGCCAGUCUUACAGUGUCAACGUCACCUUCACCAGUAAUAUUCCAUCUCAAAGUAGCAAAGCCGUGGUGCAUGGCAUCGUGUUGGGUGUCCCAGUGCCCUUUCCCAUUCCUGAGGCUGAUGGUUGUAAGAGUGGAAUCAACUGCCCCAUCCAAAAAGACAAGACCUACAGCUACCUGAAUAAACUACCAGUGAAGAAUGAGUACCCCUCUGUAAGUGACCUUGUCAUUCAGGACGCUGAAGGCCUAUGACUAGAUGAGAAAUCU